AUGUCUGAAUGCAACUUUUCAUCGUCUGAUUUGGACGAUUCCUUUAAAACCGUCACCGGUAAGCGCAAGAAGAAGCGCUCCGCCCCUCAGGCCCAUCAGGCCUCUCCGCCCGCGAAGCGCAUUCCAACGCCCGUCGCGCCCUCUUCCGGCCCCAUGCCACUUAUGUCGCUCGUUAUCGAGCCCCCGUCCCCUUCGGUGGAGCCUCCGACUCCAUCCGUUGCGUCCCAGCGGGGAUCAAAGCCCCCGCCCCCCGUCAUUAUCCACGAUAAGGCCGUGUGGACUUCGGUCUCCGGCCAGAUGGCUCAGAGAAAAAUAACUUUUACGCAGGCCCGCAAUAGCAAUAGCAGGACUUAA